GAAAGUGGGUAUGGGUUGUGGACUUUCUCAACUCGACUAUGAGAACGCUCGGGGCAAUCCAAGAUGGCGACCACCACCAUUCAUCACGGGCAGUAGCACGGCUCCAGCAGGGACUGCUGCUCCGCGCUCGUCGGGCGGAGCUGGCUAGUCCGACUGCACACUGGUAUCCAUAAAGGAAGGACCGACGCGGGAGUCGAGAAGAUGCUAUAAAAAACGAGCAACACUUGUCCGAGUCCCGUUCAACUCCAGCAGCUUUCCAAGUGUUGUCAUAUUUCACUUGUCAGCUAUCGAGUUCUUGUCUGCCUCCUCUCGUUGGCAUCCUCCGAGAUGCGCUCUACUGUGAGGUCUUUUCUUUUUUUCUUGUCGGCACUGCUAUGUGUCUUAUCUCUCGGCACAAGGGCUCCUGCGGUAUGGGCCGCUCCAGCCGCAAAGCAAUCGAGAGUGACCUAUGACAGUCACUCCGUCUCUAUUGACGGAAAACGCCUUUAUAUCUGGUCGGGCGAGUUCCACCCGUUCCGCCUCCCGAGCCCGGACCUGUGGAAAGAUGUCCUGGUCAAAUUCAAAGCCGCGGGUUACAACGGAGUCUCGAUCUACGCUCACUGGGGUUAUCAUUGCGCCAAGCCGUAUUCGUGCGACUUCACCGGCAUCCGAAAUUACACAAAGUUCUUCCAAGAUGCAAAGGACGUUGGCAUCUAUGUGAUUGCUCGACCUGGUCCGUACAUCAAUGCGGAGACUUCUGGCGGAGGCUUCCCUGGCUGGCUGGGCAGAGUACAAGGAAGCAGGGGCCGCACACAGGCCGCUGAUUACGAAGUUCAUUGGAAGCAUUUCAUGACAGCUUUCAACAAUAUCGCUACCAAGUUCCAGAUCGACACAGGGGGCACCGUUAUACUCUAUCAAGCGGAAAACGAAUACAGCAAUAUGAACCCUGCGAACUUAACCCGACCGUACAUGGACGCCAUCUAUCAGCUAGCGCGAAAGGACGGCAUCGUUGUUCCUAUAUUCCACAAUGAUCUAAAGAACGGAGGGAACUGGGCAUCCGGGUUCGGAGCUCCUGAUAUGUACGCCUGGGACGGGUAUCCGAACAACUUCGAUUGCCGUAAACCAGCAAAAUGGAACCCUGUGUGGGACGAUUGGAACUUUCAACGGCGCCAAGCCAACACACCCCUUUUCCUUGCGGAGUUCCAAGCUGGUUCCUUUGAUCCAUGGGGCGGUGCCGGUUACGAUAAAUGCAGAGAAUUGACGAACGACCAGUUUGAGAGAGUCUUUUAUAAAGACAACAUCGGCGCCGGCGUCACCAUUCAAAACUUUUACAUGACCUACGGUGGGACAAACUGGGGUCAUUUGGCGGCGCCGCUUGUGUAUUCUUCAUAUGACUUUGGAGCUCCCAUUUCCGAGUCUCUAUCCUUGACGACGAAAUAUCACGCCACCAAGCUCAUCGGGUACUUUCUGCAGGCGUCGCCUGAUAUUGCGAAUACGGUCACCUUUGCGGCAUCCACCACCCUGAAAGAUGUCCGCGUGCGGGCACUUCGCAACGAGGAGACGGGAGCGGAGUUUCGGAUUUUGAGACAGUGGGAUGCGACAUCCACUGCGGAAAAGGCGUUUGGCCUGUUGGACGUUGCCGGCGCAAACAUCCCUAUUGAAGGGAACAUUCAGUUACAUGGACGAGACUCGUUGAUUUUGGUCGCCAACUAUGCAUUCCAGUCUCAGAAGCUUGUCUACAGCACGGCAGAAAUCCUCACCCAUGCGUACAUCGGGUGGCGUGACAUCCUUGUUAUCUACGGAACAGAGGCUGAUACCGUGGAGCUUCUUCUUCAAGCUUCCACCGCGCGACCUUCUGCAGUGUCGCUCGACCAGCAACCAACUUGGUUCAAGAUGACACCCGGUGCUUCCACCGUUCGAAUCAACACCGUUGUUCCCAAAGACGUUUCGCACAUCCUUCUCAAAGGUGCUGGGGGCAAAGACCUUCUGAUUGUGGUCGCCAGCAGGUCUGCGGCAUACGAGUUUUGGAGAUCGGACUCUGCCGCGGGUCCGGUCAUUGUUCGUGGGUCGUACCUCCUGCGCUGGGCAACGUCGCAAGGCAGUACGAUGAACAUUUAUGCCGACUUCAAUAAAGAUACCUCCCUUGAAGUUUUUGCGCCGUCAACGGCGCUGCGCAUCAAUCAAAAAGACACACCUGUGUACUGGACAAAGUGGGGGUCGAUGAUCACCUCCAAGCCCGUGGCUGGUCCUCCAGCCAUUGCCUUACCAAGUCUCGGGAACUGGGCUUUCGGGCGAGGGACGCCUGAGAUUGACCCCGCAUUCGAUGACUCGACUUGGACCGAUUGCACGUUUACAACCACGUUGAAUCCUACCAAACCACCAGCCGGACAGCCCGUUCUUUUUGCGCAAGACUACAAGUUCUCUACUGGCCAUGUCCUCUACCGAGGGAGGUUCACCGGCACGGGGUCGGAGACACAGAUCCUGCUUCGGGCCCAAGGCGCCUCUGAACCAUCGCCAGGCUUUGAGCGCACCUUCGGAUUUGCCUACUCUGUCUGGCUCAACGGAGUCUAUCUUGGCAGCACCGAACUGAAUGAAGCAGACCAACUUUUCAAGGUGCCGCCCUCCGCAAUCCGCCAGGGAAAGACGAACGUUAUCUUCGUUCUGGUCGACAACAUGGGGAUCAAUGAAGCGUUUGGUGGCCCAAGCGACAAUUUCAAAGCUUACCGGGGACUCCGCUAUGCGUACGUGCAGACAUCUGACAGCGCCGUUGUGCCAAUUCAGUGGAAGAUUCAAGGUACCCGUGGCGGAGAAGAACUUGUGGACACUGUUCGUGGACCGUUGAAUGUUGGCGGGCUGUAUGGGGAAAGGUCGGGAUGGCAUUUACCGAGCUACCCGGCGACCGCUGCUAACGGCUGGGAACAGAACGUUCAGCUGCCUUACACUUUCAAUCAGCCGGGCGUUGUCUGGUUCCGAAGUGGAUUCAACUUGAACCUGGCCGCCAAUCUGUACGUCCCUGUUGGGAUUAGGUUCAACCAACAGCUCAAUUCAGGACCGCCCGUCCGCGCCCAGAUUUACGUCAAUGGCUUUCAAUACGGCCGAUACAUCUCCACCUGGGGUCCCCAAACGACCUUCUUUAUCCCGCAAGGCAUCAUCCGCAACCAGGGCUGGAAUACCAUCGCGAUCGCGGCCUGGGGUACAGCUACCACCCAAAACCUUCUUGGUGAUGUGCAGCUGGUCAUCGCAGGUGAUGUCCUUGUCUCUGCUGGAGAGAAAGUUGCUAAUGUAGUAGGCGGCGAUUGGACUCCGCAAGUUUAUGGAUUGGCUCCUGCGGCCAAAACUUGAGCAUCCGUUUUUUUCGAUGUUUACUGUCAGACACUUGUUUUCAGGCGUACGAUGUGAUAAGCACCCCGUUGUAGACAGUUAGGCUAGUGAUUGGAAAGGUAGAAAUUGUAAUAUCUUGCAAUGGGAAUCUCCCUUACACGAAGUAAAGUGUGUAUUUUCCAUACCGUGG